AUGUCAACAUUGCUGCCAUCCUCUGUCAUGCAGGGAAUGUCACCCGAUCUCGCCUCAUUUCUGGGGAACAUGCAGGCCCAAUUCAUGUCACUACAACAACGUACCAAUGAACUUGAAUCUCUUGCCGCAACUAAUGCUAGAUUAACUGCUCAAUUAGUUAAUGUGGAAAAGCUAAUUGCUGAUCUCAGAUCUCAAUUAGCAUCUCAGGGCAAUUGCCAAAUUACAACAAAUGCAUCAACAUCAUCUGCACCAACCACACCCAAGGAGCCUGGCACUGAGGCUUCUACAUGGGCUACAACUGCUGCUGCUGCUCACAACUCUGUUGUUGUUCCUACUGCUCUUUCUGUUUGCAAGACUCCAAGACCUCCUUCUGUUCGCCAGGUUGCUGCUUCUGCUAGAAUGUUUGCCAUUCCCACUGGUCCCAAAGGAUAUCAAUAUGUGUAUAUCCCACGUUCACGUCGUCUCACACAUAGAGAAGUGCGCAACUCUUUGAAAACACUUGGUGUUGAUACUGGCCGCAUCUUGGAUAUCAAUUUUCCUGCCAAGGAUGUAGUUGGCAUCCUAGUUCACAACCAGUAUGCUGAGAAAUUCCAGACCACUCUGACCACAGUUGCCAUUGAGAUCUUAGAUGCGUUUGACCCUUUGGAUCCCAAAAACAUUGCAGAUCCCAAAUAUAAGUCUCUUUCUGAUUCAGAGCUAGAAGAAGUUGCUGCUGAACUUCAUUCUGAUCGUUGUAUGAAGGCUCUCAAGUACCUUCGUCCUCAUGUUGCUGUUCCUGUUGGUCAUUUCUUUUGUGAUCAAGGCUGGAUCUCUAAGGAAGAUAUUCCUGUCCAUUCUGUUUCUGGUCCUGGUGCUGGUAUUCAUGAUUUCCAAUCACCAUCUCGUCGUACCUCUGUUGCAAUGUCUGAAUGA